CCUUGCUUAAACUUGCCCAUGCUUCCUCACAGGCUUUAAUCAAAUGGCAUUCUCAGAUUUUCUCUCACUUUGGACACACAAUUUCCAUUUACUUCUAUUUCGAGGCUCCAGCUUUUCUGCUUUUCCUGAUAUUUUUGUAUUCAGCCCUGCAAGCCAGCUACUGCAACACUUUUAUAAAUGUCCAUGAAUCCAUCUAUUUGCCAUUAACAUGUCUUUUGGUAUUUGCAGCAGUAACGGCCUCAGGCUAUCCUUACUCUUCGUAAUGUGCUGAACAGAGCCGCUGUGUUUUCUCCUCACAGCUAGAUACUCUUGUCUGCAUCAUCAGAUGUGUGUAAUAUCACAAUUUUCAGUGCUGAGGUGGAUUUGUAGGAAUCUAGUUUGUUUGGUAGUCAUUGAUGUAGUAUCAAAGAGUUACAUAAACCAAAAGGAAGAACAGUAGAUUCUGAAUUAUCUAAUGGAAGAGAAGAGCAUGGUUUCAACAGGUACAUUGAAUUGUCUCCGACAUUUUUGGCAUCCUCAAAAUUUCCUUUUGAACUGAAUCAUGAUAGUUAUCUUUUGUCUUGAUAUUGUUUGAUCAUAAAAUAGGAGUCUCUAAAGUGGCGAGGGGGAAAUUUUUUAUCUGCAUUUUCUUCCGUAGUGGUCAAAGACUGUCGGAAAUUUAAUUUUUAUCUUCAGCAUAGUCGCGUCUACUUAACACAGUCCUGAACCACUGUGAACUUGAUAGACUACUAAGAUAAUAUCUUAAGCAAAAGUUAAGAAUGAGAUGUAAACAAUGGUGUCUUUAUGAUGUUGUAUUUCUGGAACCACAGCAGAGGAAUCACAGACAUAAAAGGCAUAAUGUGUUGGUGUGACGACAUAUGUUACUAUUGCAUCCCUUUUGAACAUGAUUUAUGGAGCCUUUCCCAAGAAACUUAUUUAUGUUGUUUGCUUUGGUUGUUGAACAUUUCAACAGUGUAGGAGCAACAUGUUUGUGUUGUAGACAACAGUAGGAUAUUUUAUUAGUAGUCAUGUAUAAUCUCCACAGAAGAGAUAAAGAGAAUGAUGGGGGGUGAAGGAAAAACAGAAGCAGCGGAACAGUCUUCAGAGAAUGAUUUUUAAGAAAGCACUUCCAAUUUCCAUUCGAUUUAUCUUCCUUAGGUCUAAAAAUCUGCAUCAGAUUUGAUACGUUUCAAAUCUUGCUGCAGGGUGUUCCACAUAAAGGGGCCACUGAUCAGCAUAGCUUUGUUACUGAUCUUCCUCUGCACUAUGGAAACUGUCAGUAGUUUUGAGUCAGCAGAGUAAGAACAGAUAGAUUCGAUAGAAAGUUCUAUUUUUGCAAGUAGAAUGGUUGUUAAAGAUAUCUGCAUUACCGCUUGUUGGAAACACCAUCUCUGCUCUCACAGACCUCUGCUGAUCUUUCAUAUCCACUACAGUCUCGAAGAUAUCGCUCCUCUUUUCUUGACUUCCUCUUCCACAUCUGGUGACUGACCUGAACUAUUGUCACAACAAAUUAUCUUUGCACUACACUGCUGCACAAGACAUUUCAUGGAUCUCUCAUCAACAGUGUUCUGAGGUUGCAGAAUGGAUGAGCAAAGAUGCCCCCUCCCUCCUCCCCUCAAAACAGAAGAAGACUACAUCCCUUAUCCCAGCGUUCAUGAGGUUUUGGGUCGCAGAAGUCCAUUCCCACUUAUCCUGCUGCCCCAGUUUGGAGGCUACUGGAUUGAGGGUACCAAUCAUGAACCUAAAGACCCACCAGAGGCAGAUCAACCGCCCUGCCCUACCUCCCACAUCAAACUGGAGACAAACAGCACUGCAAAGAUCUACAGGAAAAAUUUCAUGGGCAAGGAACACUUUAAUUACUACACUAUGGAUGCUGCCCUGGGCCACUUGGUCUUUUCAAUGAAGUAUGAUGUCAUUGGGGAUCAAGAGCAUCUCCGUUUGAUGCUCCGGACAAAGCUAAAAACCUAUCAUGACGUGAUUCCCAUUUCCUGCCUUACUGAAUUCCCCAAUGUGGUUCAGAUGGCCAAGCUUGUUUGUGAAGAAGUAAAUGUGGAUAGGUUUUACCCUGUUCUCUACCCAAAGGCAUCGAGGCUCAUUGUCACCUUUGAUGAGCAUGUAAUCAGCAACAACUUCAAAUUUGGAAUCAUUUAUCAAAAGUUUGGCCAGACAUCAGAGGAGGAGCUCUUUGGGAACAUGGAAGAAAGUCCUGCCUUUGUUGAAUUCUUGGAGUUUCUGGGCCGGAAGAUUGAGCUUCAUGACUUUAAAGGUUUUCGGGGUGGACUCGAUGUUACUCAUGGGCAGACGGGGACAGAAUCCAUCUACACAAAUUUCCAUAAUAAGGAGGUUAUGUUCCAUGUCUCCACCAAACUGCCUUACACAGAAGGAGACUCACAGCAGCUGCAGAGGAAGAGGCACAUAGGCAACGACAUUGUAGCCAUCGUGUUUCAAGAGGAGAACACCCCCUUUGUACCAGACAUGAUCCAGUCCAACUUUCUGCACGCAUAUGUGGUGGUGCAGGUGGAGAACACAUGUACAGACAAUGUCACCUACAAGGUGUCUGUGACAGCAAGGGAUGAUGUACCUUUCUUUGGCCCUGCUCUACCAGACCCUGCCAUCUUCAAAAAGGGCCCAGAGUUCCAUGAGUUCCUCUUCACCAAGCUCAUCAAUGCAGAAUAUGCCUGCUACAAGGCUGAGAAGUUUGCCAAGCUGGAGGAGCGCACGCGUUCAGCUCUGUUGGAAACACUGUAUGAGGAGCUGCACAUCAACAGUCAGUCCAUGAUGGGUCUUGGGGGAGACGAAGAUAAACUGGAGAAUGGAGGCGGAGGAGGAGGGGGAGGUUUCUUCGAGUCCUUUAAGCGGGUCAUCCGCAGCAGAAGCCAGUCUAUGGACGCCAUGGGCCUCAGUAACAAGAAGUCACACACAGUCUCCACUAGUCACAGUGGCAGCUUUACCCACAAUCCCGCAGAGAGUCCCAAAACCCCAGGGAUUUCAUUGCUUGUCCCAGGGAAAAGUCCCAGUAAAUAUGGACGUCGAGGCAGUGCCAUAGGGAUAGGAACAAUAGAAGAGUCAUUAAUUAUUCCAGGAAAAAGCCCAACCAGGAAAAAGUCUGGGCCCUUCAGCUCCCGUCGCAGUAGUGCCAUUGGCAUUGAGAACAUCCAGGAGGUCCAAGAGAGGAGCCGGGAGGUGUCCCCCAGCACCCAGAAGACACCGGACCCCAGCUACAUGUCACAGGAAAACAAAUCAGACAACUCCUCCAAUCACAGUUCUCCAGAGUUUCCUGCCACUAAGAACAGUUUGGUGAUGUGUUGCAGGGCACCGUCCAUCCCUGAGGCUCAGGACCUUUCUCGUUCCUCAUCCAAUGCCAGCAGCUUUGCCAGCGUUGUGGAAGAGCAUGAAGCUGAGGAGGAGUAUGACACUGGAUUGGAAAGUGUGUCUUGUAUUACGCCAGUCAAAAAAGACUCAUUUGUGUAUAGCUCUGGGGUGGAGGACAGUGCAUGCAGUACCAGCCAAGGAAGUUUUCCAGCAGCAUCUCGUCUUCAACACCAACCAGACGGAAUGAAGACAUCAGAGCCAAAAGGGACAGACAGCCGGCCCAAGACAGAGAGCCCCCAGCAGGAGCACAAGUCCUCAUCGAACUGUUAGCCACUCUCUGAUCACUACAUCAAUGGACAUUUUCAGCAUUCCCAUAAGAGGCAUCUUUGGCCAAAAAACAAGCCAGGGGCAUAUGAACUCCACCACUGAUGCAGAAAAGGAGCACCGUAGCCAGAUCAAGAGACUGUCAGAUCUUCCUUUGUAUGUUUCGGCAUGGAUCUGCUACCUGUCACGACAGACGCCCGGCUCCGUGGACAUGUACCAACCUACUGCCCUCAUUCCAUCUCUUUGUGGAAACCUCCUCGAGUCCUCAAGGCAGAGGAAUAAAGAGGCUUCCACACCCAUGCAGCAUCUCUACUGGCUGUCGUCUUUGGAUAGUCUGCCCGCCUGCUCACUUUUCAGGCCAGUAAGUUCUGAAACCCGACUCUUACUGUAAACACCCAUGUGCUGUGUAUCCUCUUUGAAAGAUCAGGAUUGCAGUGGAGCUUUUAAUCUUGUGAGUGAAGAAACUGAGACAGAUCAAACAACUGGUGUUUGCUUAGCUUGUGAAGAGUUGCACUAUGGAGUAAAAUGUUUUUUUUUUUUAAAUGUCAUAUUCACAUCCCACUGUGAUAUUGUACAUGGGUUUCACUUUGACGUACAAGGUGUGUGUGUGUGUGUGUGUGUGUGUGUGUGUUGGUAUGUGUGUGGCUGUCUGUCAUGGCCAUGUUUUGUGUUUUAUUGAUGAUCUGUUCUUUUCUGAGUAUUCUGCAGUGAAUAUUUGUGUUUUACAACAACUUCAGCAAAUUUGUCAUGUUUUGGUCUAGGGUACAUGUAUGAUGCUGUUGUUGGUGGCUAUAAAAAUUCUACUCCACCAGAAAUUUGUGCUACAGUAAACUAUGACCUAUUUUACCAGGAAUGUAGGCUUCAUUGAUAUAAUUUUAGUAAGAAGCAGAGUUACUGUUGUGCCCCAACCAGCACCAUGCAUCCUCACAUUUAAAGGUACUGCUGUUUAGACUUUUGUCUCCAAAUGCUCUUUGUUACACCCCACUUGUUGAUGUCUGUGUACGGAUGUAUACUGUGCAUGGUGUAAAUCUGCUCGCCAAAUUCCUCUCCUCUGUACACUGGUGCCACAUGCUUGACAUAGAGGUGUUGUCCCUGUGAUUUGUGUUUUUAUGGGAAACCAGCCGACAUCUCCAGAUGCAGUGCACAUUGCUGAUAGAGCCAAAUGUCACCUUUUUCCUACUUUAUUUGUAAAGUGUAAUAUAUGUAUGUGACCUAAGCACUACAUUUUCAGUUAUUGCAAAAAUGCUGACCUUUUUUUCUGAGGAAUUGGGAGUUGUUGCUGAAAAUGAAUUACACUGUGACUCGUCUUGAAGUUGCCUUUAUGAUUGUGUCACGUGAGCUGCUUUGAAGGAGGGUCACAUUUAAAGGCACCUCGUUUCCGAAUGGCUUGAAUGUAAAACUAGGCAGAAAUGGAUUUAUCUGUGCAUAUCUGCUCUGGUGAAUGGUGAUACUGUGUUGAUUCCUGAUCACAGUAAACUUGAGUCAGAAAAAGCUCAUGUUUACUGAACAGAGAAGCUUCUUCCUGUUUUCAGUUUGUAAUGAAGAAUGAACUGAUACAUGGAGAUGAUUUAUUUCACUGAUAUGACUGAAGCAGACAUUUAUUGUCAGUAGUGAAUUAAUGACGGCAUUUACAAUUUGUGAAAGUACAAAAGGUUUAAGACACUGGACCAAAUGCAAAAUGCCCUAUAUCCAAGCUAGAAAUCCUUCUUCAUAUAAAUUGCAUAGAACAGUGUAGAGAGAAAUUUCAACACAUUUGUGAUUUGGCCUUUUAAAUUGACUUAUUAAAAAGGAUGAUUUGAAAUCAUUGUCCUCUGGACCUUGGAAAUGCUUGAGUAGAUGAAGUCUGCCCUCUUGUGGCUCUGUAUUAUUAUCGCACAUCGUUGAUCUAUCUGCGCUUGCACUGUAUGCCAGUGGACGACAACCACGACGACAUGGGGAACGAAUCUUCUAUGUGCUCGAUUCAAAUGAUUGUAUUUCUGUUCUUGUCAACAGUUUGCUUAAGCCCUUGUUCAAAAGACUUGUUUGUAAACAUUGCUUUACUUUUUUUGUAAAUGAAGUCAACAAAAAUGUUUAAUAAAGAGGAAGAUGCAUAAAGUA